GUUGUAGACUAAAAUGGUAAAUAAGAGCUCAGCCGUAUUGUUCGUAAAUACCAGGUGAUCAGCUACCAAUCACACAGGAACUUGCAUUUAACGUGCUUGACAACAACAAACAGCCUCCUUGAAUCUUUCUCCUGAUGUGUUUUCUCUUAAGAACGCGGCUUUUGAUUUUUCUGUUAUCCUUUCUUCAUCUCUUCUCAGUUUCUUUUAUUCUUUUUUUAACCUUUCUCUCAAAAAAGAUAAAAACAACUUUCAUCCAGCAUGGCUUCCAAAGCAAUAGUAGCUUUUAACAAUCAAUUUGCAGGUGCAGCUACCUUUGUAGACCUCCAGCCUCCGGUCGAGAACUGUGAGACUCCUGACAGCAAGAAAAGUUAUCCCAGAAAAAGAAGACAGCGUAAUUGUCCAGACAUUAUCAAACGACAAGCAACAGUAACCAGAAGAAGAUUUACAAUCGUCCGCAGAGCAGCAAGUCCCGAAGAAAGUGAUGCUGAGGAUAUUCCACUUGUUAUGCAACCACAAUGCCAGCACGUAUGGAUAGGAGCUAUUUGCCAAGAAAAUCAGGGAGCUAUUGGUGUUUAUUUCGGUGAUGGUGACAAGCGAAAUUAUGGAGAGCUUUAUCAAAGAAAGCAUAUCCAUCAGGACGUGGACUAUGCUUACGUCUUGGGUACUCUUAAGGCUCUCCAAAUCAUCAAGCAAAGCUCAAAUGCCAACACAGUUACGAUAAUCAAUACCUCCUAUAGAGAUUUGCCAACAGUUUCAGACCAUAAAAACAUUCUAAAUCGUUUACAAAUGUACACAGCUAUAUCGGGCAAAAGCAAUAUUAUCUACAAUUUGGAUCUAAUUGAACAAAUUAGGGAGCUAAUAGAUGAAAAGCAGAACACUAUUUCUGUGCGAUAUAUUUCUGGUCGUCGUCCUCUACACGGACAAAAAUCAGCCAUGGAAAUUGUUGACAAUACUUUAACAGAAUAUCAUCUGAAUACUGUGAGCAGUUUGAAAAUCUCAAACUCUAUUGAUACUACAAUAACAGUUGUGAAGCGAGCAAAACGUCUUCCAUCAUCAAAAAAUAUAUCUGUAACACCUGCAGUUGCUGAUCCUCAGCCCACAACAAACAAUAACAACAAUAAUGUGAUGAUCAGUGAUGACAAUAAACAUAGACUACUUUCACAGCAGAUAACAGAGAAAAACUUGGACACUGCAGGAGUUGUGCAUGUGAAUACGGCAGAAAACCUUAAUGAUAAUAUGUUCAACAACGAUAGUCUGAAUGAUACAGAUUAUAUGGAUAUCGACAAUAAUGCAGACGACAAACCAAGCAAUGACGACAGUGACACACUGAUUGGACAAGAUGGUGAUGAUUGCAGUAGCGGCAGUCAAUCAAACGAUGAAGACAUGAAAGAAGUUGAAGAAAACAGCUCAAACAUCACAGCAUCAGUACCAACUGCUUCAUGGCGCUUCCGCGAUAUCUUCAGCAUUUUUAAGGUACCAUUCCAGUAAGCGUCAAAUGCUCUUAUUAAAGCAUUCAAAAUAUUCUCGUUAUUCCUAAAGCACUAUUUCUGAUAAGCGUAAGUUGUUUCCUUCAUUACCUGCACAUCUUAAUCUUGCUUAACAGUGCUUUGUUAUCAAAAAAUAGUUAACUUUACAUCUUUAGCUUAUUUCAUCAUGCUUACAAAUAUUUAUUUCAUUUACAUCUUUUCUUAUUUGUUAGUUUACAACAUUUCUUACUUAAAGGUACUUCAUUAGAGUACAUACUUAACUUCUUUAAAGCAUUUGAUAAUUGCUUUGUUACAAAUAUAUAGUUUACUUAUUUGAAAUGAAUAAAAACCCAAGUUACUAUCGUUUUA